GUUCGCUAUUUUAAACCAUGAACACCCACCAAUAGUAGUAACGGUGGUGGAAACAGUUGUUUACUUGUUUGGCCUACUAUUAAUCGAACAACUCGCUGAAAGCUCGUUCAAAUUGCAAAUGUUAUUUCAGUGUUGAAAGCAAUAUGACCCAAUCGAAAGAAAAACAACAUUGCUUUGUAAAUGGCUUCGUCAAAUUUGUGAUAUUUGAGUUGAAUAGAAGCAAACAAUGAAGAUAGGUGAGAGAAUGAGCAGCUCCCGCAAGGCAAGGAAGAGAGAGCACAUCAUCAUAUACUCACUCAGUCAAACGCCGUGAUUUGCCACUCAACAAUUCUCGCUGUAGAAGUAGAACAAUUCUCGCGUCCCAAUCAAGAUACGCUUCUAAUGCUGACUUAACCAAAUCUUCUUUCACUCUUACCAUUCAUCAUCUCUCUGCAAAACCCUAUCGUGUUCCAAAUUUUCCACUAUCAAUGGAGGAACAGAAUACAAAACUCUACGCAGUAUUGAACUUAUCCCCCGAAGCUUCCGAUGAAGAAAUUCGCAAAACUUAUCGUCAAUGCGCGCAAGUUUAUCAUCCCGAUAAGUACCAAUCUUCUCCUAUGAAACUUAUUGCUACCGAUAAUUUUCAACGAGUAUCUGAAGCAUAUGAGAUUCUAUCUGAUCCAAAUAAAAGAAAAGUUUAUGAUAUCUAUGGCAUGGAAGGGUUGAUUUCUGGUUUGGAACUUGGUCCGGUGUUGAAUAAAGCUGAAGAGGUUAAAGAGAUUAAAGCAGAAUUGAAGAGAUUGAAGAGAUGGAAGGAAAAUGAAAAGAUGGCGGCCGCGUAUUUUCAAUCUUCGGGUACAAUUCUGGCAAAUGUGUCUUUGCCACGCUGUCUUCAUGGUGAUGGUCUCUUCAGUAGAAUGGAAAUGACGAGUCAAAUUAAGUCUUGGUUAUCAAAGCGAAGUGUUGUUACGAUUGGUGGCAAUUUAGAAGUUGAUCGCGGUAAAGGUGGUGGAGCUGCUUCUGCUGUACUUAAUCAUCAACUUUCCAAAGUUUCGUCAAUAGAAUUUAUGGCUUCAGCUGGUUUACGCGCACUAAUUGGGGUGCGGGCAUCUCGGCAAUUCUCAUCACAGUCAUCUGCAGCAAUGGGACUAUCAAUGUCUUUGAAAAAUGGUUCCUUGAAGCUUUCUAGUUCAUGCACCCGGCGACUGUCAAAAACAACAAAUGGACAUAUACAACUCAGGUUGGGAUCACAAUCAUCCGUAGCUCUAAGGUUGGAGAAAAAUGACCAGAGAAGGUCUGCCACUGGACAAAUAGAGUUCGGCAUAGGUUCUUUUGAUACAGAAGUUCAGUAUACUCGUCACUUUUCUUCUGAUUCUCGUGGCUGCAUUGCAGGAAGAGUUGGGAGUUCUUCCAUUGAGAUUGAAGUUAGUGGUGGAAGGAAUUUAUCCGAAUACAGUACUGUGUGCUGGAGUUAUGUAGUAGGGAUUCAGGGUAUUUUCUGGAGAUUUAAACUCUAUCGCAGAAGUCAGAAGUUGAUUAUUCCUAUUUUGCUGACAACGCAUUUGAACCCUGUGUUUGCUACUGGAGCAUUAGUUGUUCCAGCAUCUUUUUACUUUUUUCUGAAGAAACUUUUCAUUAACCCGUAUUACCGUAAAAGGAAUAAGCAGAAGGCUCUAGAGAAGGAGGAAAAAAUUUCUGCUCAGAUUCUAGAAAGAAGGGCUGCAGCCGAGAAAGCUCAUAAAUUACAACAAAAUGUGGCUAAUAGGAAAAGAAACAGGCAAUUAAAAAUGGGUGGACUGGUAAUUAUAAAAGCGCUGUAUGGAAAUGAUACAAUUUUGAAAAAUUUGUAUUCAUCAAGGGAAGCAAGUUUUGAAUCUACUUUAGGAGUCAUUGAUGUUACAACACCUCUGAAUUUUUUAGUUGAUGAUUCUGGUCAACUUAAGCUUCACGAAGGUGUAAAGAAAUCAGGAAUCAUGGGAUUUUGCGAUCCUUGUCCAGGAAAUUGUGAACUGUUGUUGUACGUAGAGUAUGCUUAUGCUAGCGAUCAAUACAAGGUCUUGGUUGGUGACUAUGAAGAAUUACUGAUACCCCAUGACACCCACAUGAUAUAAAGAAAUAUCAUAUCAUUGUUAACCUUUUGCAGUUUUGUCCUGUUUACAUGACUAUGGUAAAACAUUUUGUCCCGUUAGAUUGAAUUACAAGAACUAUACAAUUUUUGAGCCAGUGGUAUCCUCACUUUUUUAGUUUACUUUUGUUUUCCUCCUUCUUUACGCCCCAAAAAAGUAUGAAAUAAGGGCGGACACUUUAGGUUCAGUUUAUUUUGUCUAUACAUUUUGUGUAUUCAUUUUUUAAAUUGUGUGUAUUUUAUUUUGAUAGAAUCUUUUCGAUGAA